UUCCGCAGAGAAGAAGCUCUAAGGUACACACAACCUAACAAGGCUUUCUCAUAUACAGCUGUGGAUGGUAAGAAGGUUGUUGUCGCUCCACUGAAAAAGCGUGGAGGCAAACUAUUCAAAAGGAUUUGUCACUACGAUAUUCUUAAGAGGAAUAAACCGCCUUUUUUCACUCUCCAUUGUUUGGUAAGAGAUGCCGCGGCUAGAUUGCCCGGAGGAGUUGGGACUAGAGACGAUGUUUGUGUUUUGGCCAGGGACUCACAAUUCAUCGUUGAGGACAUCUCCGAUUCACAACUUCGCAAAGCUGUAAAGGGAGGGUUGGACCGUCUGCACUAUGAAGACGAUCCGUGUGUGAAAUAUGAGAAGGAAAGGCAUCAGUGGACUUAUCUACAUGGAGAUAGAAAGGUAGAAGAUUUUGAAGAUGAUUCGACAUAA